UUGGAAGGGGGGCCUCGGCGGGCGUUUUCGCGGACCAGCCGGCCCCCAGCCUCCUCCCGCUCCGUUCGAGUCCCGGACAGGCGGAUGUCGCUAGCGUGCGGUGAUCCUGAAACUUGAUGGAUGACAGCAGUCCUUUGCAGCCAAAAAGUAAUUUCAGAAUGGCAGAACUCUUUAUGGAAUGUGAAGAAGAGGAACUGGAGCCAUGGCAGAGAAAAGUAGAAGAAAUGCAGGAACAACAACUAGAGGAGGAAGAAGAAGAAGAAGUAGAAGAAGAAGAUGAUGAUGAUGAGCUGAUUUUUGUUGGAGAGAUAUUAAGUUCAAAACCAGCCAUUUCAAAUAUUUUAAACAGGGGUAACCCCAGCUCAUCUUCAAAUGGAAUAAAGAAUGAGAUACUCAGUCAAGGUGGUACUGAUCUAAUGAGGUCUGCAAGUCAACACAGCAAAAGCCCAGCAUCAAGACCAGCGACUCCAUUGUCUAUAUUUAAUCUUGACUCUGAAUCUAAAUCUUCGCAGAGCUCUAUUUCUAAUGUGUCUAAACCAGAUUUUGCAAGUGACUCACUAGAAAUUGAUUCGGAUGAGUCUCAGGAAUUGUUUGACUUGACCCAGGAUUCAGAGUCACUGUCCCAAGAUAACAUCGCAGAUGAUAUAGAAGAUCCAGAUAAUGCAUCAUUUCAUUUUACAACUGGAAUACCUGUAAGAGCUUGUCCAAAGUGCAGUACCCACUUCACUCAUUUUGAGACUCUGCAAUUUCAUAUGAAGCAUUGUUGCCCAGAUAUGAUACAUACAAUUUUGGAAAGCGCUAACAUAGAUCUUACAGAUACUGAAAAUACAAACAAGACUAGCUCAGAAAAAGGAAAAUUGAUCAUGCUAGUUAGUGACUUUUAUUAUGGCAGACAUGAAGGAGCUGUUGAUGAUGAACCGAAGACUUUCACAACCUUUAAAUGCUUCAGUUGCUCAAAAGUUCUUAAAAAUAAUAUAAGAUUUAUGAAUCAUAUGAAGCACCAUCUGGAACUGGAGAAGCAAAACAGUGAAAGCUGGGAAAACCACACCACGUGCCAGCACUGCUACCGCCAGUUUCCAACUCCUUUCCAGCUGCAGUGCCACAUUGAGAGUACACAUACUCCCCACGAGUUCUCAACUAUUUGCAAAAUCUGUGAAUUAUCAUUUGAAACGGAACAUACUCUUUUACAACAUAUGAAGGACACUCAUAAACCUGGUGAAAUGCCAUAUGUUUGUCAGGUUUGCCAGUUUAGAUCAUCUACAUUUUCUGAUGUCGAAGCUCAUUUCAGAGCAUCCCAUGAAAACACUAAGAACUUGCUCUGUCCUUUUUGCCUAAAAGUUAGUAGAAUGGCAACUCCCUACAUGAAUCAUUACAUGAAGCACCAGAAAAAAGGAGUUCAUCGUUGUGCAAAAUGUAGACUACAGUUUUUGACCUGCAAGGAGAAACUGGAGCAUAAGAACCAGCAUCGAACAUUUAUAAAGCCAAAAGAGCUUGAAGGAUUGCCUUCUGGUACAAAAGUUACCAUUCGAGCUUCAUUUGGAUCUGUUCAUUCAAGACCAUCAACUACAUCACCUCCCAGUAGUCCGAGUACUUCUUCUUUUCAGCUCCCAGCUCCGAAAUCUAAAAGUGCAACUGCCAAAAGUUCUGCAAAAUGUGCUGCCAGCAAAUCUAAGGCUGGCAAAGCUAAAGUGAACAAAGCUAAUGCCAGCAAAGCUAAGGCUAGCAAAGCUAAGGCCAGCAGAGCUAAGGUCCUCAAAGCUAAGGUCAUUAAGGCUAAGGCUGUCAAGGCUAAGGCUGUCAGGGUUAAGGUUGGCAAGGCUAAGGCUGGCAAAGCUAAGGAUAUCAAAACUAAAUCUGGCAAAGCCAAGGUAACCAAAUAUAAGAUCAACCCGGAUUGCCCAUCUACAUCUGCAUCUGCUGCAGGUAAAGCUAGUGCAAGUAACGCAGUGCAAAGUGACAUACAACAAAAAAUCAGAACCGCUAUCAGAAGACGGUAUCGCAGGAGAAAGACUGCUAUCACUGUAGCUAUGAAGAAUGUAAGGUGUAAUCGGGGACUUCACAAGUGCAUUGAAUGUCAUUCCAAAAUAAAAGAUUUUGCAGGCCACUUUUCAAUAUAUAUUCAGUGUAAUUUUUGCAAAUAUAAUACUAACUGCAACAAAGCCUUCGUAAAUCAUAUGGUGAGUUCUCACAGCAACCCUCCAAGUAAGCGGUUUUAUAUCUUUAGGAAGCAUCCUGGAGCGUUCAGGGCCAUGACUCUGGUGUGCCUUAAAUGUGAUUUCCUAGCUCAUUCUUCUUGUUUGGAUCUCAUGGCUAAACACUUAAGCCAGCGUAAAAAUCACACCUGCCAAGUCAUUGAGGAAAGAGUUCGUCGUGGUAUUUUCCAUUUCUGAAGCCAGCUAAGAAUGCAUUUGAAAUAAGAUUCCUGCUCUAUGGAGCUCGUGCAACCUGGUGCAAGACAAGUUGGAAUUAGUUCAAAGUCCUGAAGUGUUUUCUUACUCACAUGCAGUUUCCUAAGUUGACGGUUCCUAAGUUCAGAGUUCUGAAGUGUUUCCUCAGAAGAAAGCAGUUAAAACAGUCAAGUUCACGACACUAUCUCUCAUUAUUUAGCUCUUUAGGUCUCAGAUGACACUAGAUUCUUAUUCCACCUUAUCUUUGUGUCAGGUUACUGUAUCUUAGUAUAUGAAGUGGACUCCAGAAAAAGCUUUCCUUGCUAUGGCCUUUUCUCGCUUUGCUAAAAUAAUUGUGGUUUUCACUGCUGACUUGCCUUCAGAAUAUUGCAUUCCAAAAAAUAUGGCUGUUUAUCUUUUUCUCUGUGCGUUUUCUAUAUUGUACGUGUUUGGGUCAUGUGAUUGAUUGAUUGUCUUUUCCCCCAUCCCUCGUCUGUUCUCAGAAGAAACGCAGAGUUUUCAAAAAAAUGGUCAGGGUACUCCUGGCCAGUGUCCUCCUGGACACAGCUAAUGCCUGUUUUCUCUUUCCAAGGAAUGUGAAUUAUUUGACUGUGAGACUUCCUCUAGGUUGUGGCCUUAAGAAAUCAGAUUUUGGGGAGAGUCUCUUCAUGACUGGCCUCCCAUAAGGCUAAUGCCAAUUUGGCCAGAGAUAACCUCAAGGCCCAUCAAAUUGAGCACAACUUUGCCCAGGGGGGCUUUGGUUAUUGAUCUCUAAUGGGUUUAUGGGUAGAUACUGACUGAGAAAAGUUCUUCAACCUGUAAGUUGAAGUUUAAUCUUUUUGACUGCUGCUUUUUAAUCUUUCUAGCAUGCAUGCAGUCCAACUGGUUGUGUAGGGAACCAAGCUUACUUUUGUAUUCUUGGAAAACAAGUUUUUAAAAUUACAGUUCCAAAGCUACAGUUAUUUGUACUGUUGUUUGAAGUUUUAUCCAGUAUUAACUUUAGGAGUUUUCAGCUAUACUAGUAGUCAAUUUUUUUAAGUUUGUUAUCGUGUUUUUUUAUGUUGAUCUUCACCAAAAUUAUUGAUGUCUGUUUUGUUACGUCCGUUUUAUUUCUUCUCUUACAACUCUAAAGAAUUUCUUAAAAUUCUCUACAGAUUUUAUGUAUCAGUAACUCCCCUUAAUGCUCAUAACAUUGGAUAUUAUUACAUCCUCUAUAUUAAAAUUACCAACUUUACCUUAGUAAUUGAGUUCCAAAAACAGAGAAUUGGCAGAACCUUCCCACACACCUUAAAAAGUUUUAAAGUUACAUUUCUGUACAUCUAAUACAUAAUAUCUCUUAGCCAUUAAUGUAGUUCCCUUGGAUAAAGAUAAUAUAUUCACAAAAUAUUGGGACCAAAAAAAAGCACUUGUUUCUUGCCCAUAUAUAUAUAGAUGUAUAUUUUUUUUAAUUUCGUGUUUGUUUAUUUUGGUUACAUUGAGUAUAGAUUUGCUGGACAGUUUCGAUGUUAUUUUUUUAAUAAAAGUUGUUAAAGUGCUUCAUGAA